CCGAGAAUUUUCUAAUUUUUUCCCCUCGAUUAUUUGACUUUUUUUCUCCGGCGGGAAUCUCGACUCAACCCCUCCUCAGGUACUUCCAUACCGAAUUCUGUCGGCAGCAACCAUUAGCUCCGACACUCUCUUCUAUUCUUCUUCAUACCUAGUGACAGUGUCUUUGGUCAAUUUCAUUUGGUUGUCGCUUAGAUACCAUAAUAUACCAGUCCCGCUCCUACGAAAAAUAACCGUCUCAAUUGGUUCUGUUUCCCCGCAGUUGCGCCAUGUCUGCUUCCGCUCUCCCCUCUGAGCGUCUGCCCAGAGACGAUGAUGCACGCUCCGUCUCUUCCGAUAGCUCGGAUGUAAGCAACGAGGAAGGAUGGGAAGAUGUCGAGCCCGAUGAUGAUACCCAGCCCGUCGUGGGCCUGUUUUCCGAGAAGGUUUACCCCGACGUGCGGGCCAUGCUCAAGGAGACCAAAGACAAGUACAACUUUGAUCUGCGGAGGAUUCAAAAGGAGCUCGACCUGGACUUCCUGGGUACUAUCAAGUUGGUCAACUAUGUCCGAACUCAAGUGAAAGAAGGCAACAUGUCUCCCGACGUCUCUUCCGCCGACAAAUUCGAGGACGAUGCUUACCUGAAGCCCGUGCUGGAGGAUGAUGCCCUUCUCUACAGUCUGGAUGACAUUGAGGACGAAACCCCCGAGACAACUGGUGGUUCUGACGCUGAAAGACGCGUGAUCGAACUCCAGGAAGACCUAGAACGCCUUCAAACCCAGUUCUCCGAGUAUAGAGAGGCCGUGCAGAAGUCUAUGGAGGAGCAACUGACCAAGGAGGAUGAGAAGCUCGGCUCUACCCUCAGUGAUGCGUCCGCACAAAAGGCCGCUAACAGGGUCGAAGAAAUUGACGCGGACUACUUCACUUCCUACGCCUACAACGGAAUCCACGAGUCCAUGCUCAAGGACACCAUCCGCACUGAUUCCUACCGCGACUUCGUAUAUGAGAACAAGCACGUGUUCAAAGAUAAGGUUGUCCUCGAUGUUGGCUGCGGAACUGGCAUUUUGUCCAUGUUCUGCGCGAAGGCCGGUGCGAAGAAGGUCAUUUCGGUCGAUAAUUCCAAUAUCAUCGAUAGAGCCAAGGAAAUCAUCUACGAGAAUGGAUUUGGUGAUGUCAUAACGUGCAUUCGCGGUAAAAUUGAGGAAGUCACGCUGCCAGUUCAGCAAGUUGACAUCAUUAUCUCCGAAUGGAUGGGCUACGGUCUACUGUUCGAGGCCAUGUUUGACUCGGUCAUUUACGCUCGGGACCGGUAUCUCGCCCCCGGAGGACUCAUGGUUCCCUCGCAUGCUACGCUCCGCGUCGCUCCCUUCGCCGACCCUGACUUUAUCGCAAACCACAUCUCAUUCUGGAAGAGUGUGUACGGCUUCAACAUGAGCAGCAUGCUGACUGGUAUCUAUGAUGAGGCUCUUGUUCGUGUCGUGGAGCCAUCAUCAAUCCCUGGCCAAUCUGCCGUUUUCCUUCCCCUUCCUCUACAUACUAUCACUGUCGAGGAGCUGUCGUUCCUGAAGGAAUUCCAGGUCACUCUUACCGAGGACAUUGACGCGCUGGACGGUUUUGCUAUCUGGUUUGAUAUCUUUUUCAUGCCUUCGAGGGACUCACCCAUUGCCGACGACGCUGUUCCGUCCGAAAUGCAGAAGAAGGGUAUCGUCGCUUUCACCACGGGACCUUAUGGUAAAGAGACGCACUGGCAGCAGAGUAUCCUUCUCAUCGACCAUGAGAAGAGAAAGGGCGUCGCCUUGAAGAAGGGCCAGACCAUCACUGGAAAGGUCGGCUAUCAGAAGAAGUCGGAGAAGUCCCGCUCCUUGGACAUUACUAUCGAAUGGGAUAGCCAGGAUGGCGAAAAGGGUUCCCAGAAGUGGGGUCUGCAAUAAGUUGCAGGUCUCGUUGCAGACUCAUCUUCAGUUUGAGUAGAUAGAUAGUCUUCAAAAUGCGUUAGUCAUAGACAAGGCUCGCUACCUGCUUCCAUCG